AUGUCAGACUGGGAUGAUGACAUGUACGACGACGACGAGGAAGAGCUCUCGUUUGAGGAAGACGAUGUCCAGGAAAGUGUUGACGAGGCCGGCACGGACAUGGAGAGCCGCUACUUCUGGGGCAAGGAGCUGCGGCAGGACGAGAAGCUAGAACAAGCCCUCCAGGUGUUCCAGGAAAACAUAGACAGAAACGAUAACUCGGAGUAUGUGUUCAAGUCGACGAAACAGGCACUCAAGGUGAGCAUCGAGCUGGGAGACCCGGCUAUGAUUAUGCACUACUUGGACCUGUUCUUGAAACAGCUGCCGCAGAUGGGGGCGUCGUACGGGGAUGCCUCGUUCUCGAAAAUGCUGCACAGGUUCGACCAUCCGAUCGCCGGCUGCUCGUCAGAGCUGCAGAAACAGGUCUUCGACAAAUUUUCGGCCUACCUGAGGAGCAGCAACUCCAGAAACGAACGGCUGAUUAUACGAGUCGAGCUGGGGCGCGCAGGCGUGCUGCUGGCGGAACAAAAUUACAACGAGGCCCGAUCGCUGCUGCAGAGACUGGAGGAAGCCGUCACAGGCUCGUCAGAAGCAAUCAAAAGCGCAUAUCUGCUAGAAGUUAUUGCCCUGGAGAUGGUGAUUGCGAGCCGCGGCGAGAUCGACGUCGAGGAGCUCUCCAGACUGACGAAAAUGGCCGAGAAUCUGGGCUCCAGCAUCCCGCAGUCGCGCAUCGUGGGCAUCAUCAAGGAGUGCUCCGGUCUCGUGGCCAUGUUCGACGAAGACUUCCAGAGAGCCAACCACUGCUUCCAGGAAAGCUUCCGUGGUUUCAACGAGUGUGGCGACGAUCGGCGCGUCGACGUGCUGAUGAAGUACAUCAUCAGCAACCUGCUGAGCGAGAGCGAGAUCGACCCGUUCCAGUCGGGCGACUUCCAGGGAUUCGACCACGUGUCGGAGAUCGUGAAGCUGAUGGAGCUGUACCGGCACGUCCAGGAGACCGACAUCGCCAAAUACAAUGCGCUUUUGAACGACGACGAGGAGUUCAAAAACAUGAUGCAGGGGAACCUUCUUGCGCAGUUCAUACCGUUCGUCACAGAGCUGGUUCAUGUCCGGUUUGUUCUGGGGUAUCUGAAGCUCUUCAAACGUGUGAGUUUCCGCAAACUGCAGGAAAAACUUAAAAUACACGAGUCGGAGCUUGAAGUGAUGCUACUGAAGCUCUAUGGCGAGGGCAAAAUUAGCAACUACAAGCUGGACAUGGUGGCAAAGACCGUCGAGCUUUGCACCGGCUCUGUUCUGGACCCACACAUCAGCUGCACAGACGUUCUUGAGCGUCUGCAGCUGUUCCAGAAAGACAAACUCAACCUUCCGAGCGACGAUUUGGGCGCAGAUUCGCAGGAGCGGCUGCAGGAACUCUUGUCGACGAGAUUCCAUACGGAUCCGGCCCCCAACUCGCCGACGAUACACACAGAGCUGGCCAGCUCGACGGUGAUAUCGAGAGAGGCGCUGGAGCCGCUAAUCACCACCCCACGUUCCUUCGAGUCCUCCGAGGAACUCUUCAAGGAGCUCGGAAACUACCUGGAAUAUAUCAAGUCUGCUAUUCCGUCCAAAGCUCCGGUCAAGUGCUCGAUCAUUGAGAGAGUGAGACUCGACAACCAGAACCAGGAGCGGGAGAAAAUCAGCCAGAUUGAAGAGGGCAGCAACAGAGACCACGACCACCUGAUACCUGAAGUUGUGCAGUUCACGAUGAUGGAGAACCUUGACAUGAGCAGCAGAGAACAGCCCGCCCAAGAGCUUUCGGAAGAGGAGCUCAAGGACAGAAAACUGACGAGUCUCCAUGAGCUUGUUCAUGAGCUCUCCUGCUACUACGACAGGGUGAAGCGCAAUUUUUCAGACGGACUGUAUGCGCAUCGCAACUUUGGCGGAGACGUGAGCGAGUGA